AUGAGCACACCAUGGGAGCGCAGAAGUGCGGCCAACUCGUCCAACUCGUCCGGAUCGUCGUUCCAGCUCGCGAAUCGCUCUUUUGAAGGCGGUUAGUGAGAACAUGGGAACUUUGUUAGCAGCAAGCAAUUUGCCUGUUUAUCAUUGAAUUUAGUUCAGAAACUCCGGCUUUUUCGUCUUAGUUUAUCAAAAGAGAAAUAGUCUUUUCGAGAGGACUCGUUUCAGCCACCGGCGCAUUUGACCUCUCGCUGCUGCACAACAACGCGACGCCGAAGCCGUCGACGAAGCUGCUGGCCCUCCGCCCGUCACGUCAUCACCACAACGUGUUCACCGACCCGGACAGCUUCUUCUUCAACGCCUCCUCCGCCGGCCACGCGCACGCCGACGACUCGUUCUCCUCGGUCGGCGAGCACUCGUUCGUCGGAAACUUCCACGCUUCGACCGUCCGUUCGACGCGUCUGCUGCCCGCCUACGCGGCCGAUCCGACGGGCACGAUCCGGGCGGAUCUGACCGUCGAAGAUGUGCUCCGCAGCGGACAACUCCUUGAUUUCGUGUUGGAUCGACACGGCGCCAAGUUUUUGGAGGCGAGCUAUCCGGAGGACGCGAACGACGAGAUGCACCGCGCAAUGUUCGAGAAGCUGACGGAGCAGAAGGAAGUGUUCGCGGGGCUGUGCAAGAGCGCCACCGGGAACUUCAUCGUGCAGAAGCUGAUGGAGCACUCGACGGUCGACGAGCAGAACGUGAUGCUCGACGGAAUUAUCGAAGGAGGACUCAUGGACAUGUGCAGGGACAAGUUCGCGUGCCGUGUCGUCCAGUUCGCCAUUCAGGUAGGCGUCUUUUCAGGGGCGAUCGGGCCCAGGUCACAAUUUGUUGGAUACCUGAAGUUCAAUUGAUCUGGUUUCGAGCUUUAAAUGCCUCGUGCGAAUCUGACGGACUACUGUGCCGUCCGGUGCGAAUCAUUUUUGCAUUCUCUCCCUUCAAAUCCCUCUUUUUCAGAAGUUCGAGUACUCGACACGCGCGCGUCUCCUCUCCGCCCUUUCCUCGCUGAACCUGGUCCGUCUGUGCACCGACCAAUGCGGAAUCCACGUGAUCCAACGUAUCGUGAAGCAGUUGCCGGUGCCGCAAUGGACGUUCUUCGUCACUUUUCUGUGUCUGGCCGACAACCUGAUGUCCGUGUGCCAGGACAAAUACGGCUGUCGGCUGGUGCAGCAGGCGAUUGACAAGAUGGCCGAGCAGCCGAAAGCGCCGUGCUUUCCUUUCCGCCUCCAGCUGCUGCACUCGCUGAUGACGUGCGUCGUCCGCAACUGCUACCGGCUCUCGUCGAACGAGUUCGCCAACUACGUCGUGCAACACAUUGUCAAGUCGUCCGGAGUGAUGGAAAUGUACCGCGACACGAUCAUCGACAAGUGUCUGCUGCGCAACCUGCUCUCGAUGUCGCAGGACAAGUACGCGUCGCACGUCGUCGAGGGCGCGUUUCUGUUCGCGCCGCCCACGCUUCUGACCGAAAUGAUGGACGAGAUAUUCGACGGAUACGUGCGCGAGGCCGAGUCGAAUCGCGACGCUCUAGACAUUCUACUCUUCCACCAGUUCGGAAACUAUGUCGUCCAGCAGAUGAUCACCAUUUGCACAUCGGCGCUCAUCGGAAAAGAGUGAGUAGGUUUCCAGAAGUCAAAAAUGCAACAGCUAAUAGAAAGUUGCUGUAGUUUUUGUUUUGAGUCCUGAAACUAUGGUCAGAUCAGUUACCAUGUCCCCCGGUCCAUUGGAACUAUGCUGUUCCCUUCCAAACCAUUGUGCUUUUCAGAGAACGCCAACUGUCGUCUGCUGAAUACGCGCAGUACUCCCGCUGGUACGAACGCAUCAAAUCGCGAGUGGUCCGCCACGCGUCACGGCUCGAGCGCUUCUCCUCCGGCAAGAAGAUCAUCGAUUCGGUGGCGAGGAUGUCCGUGUUGUCGCCGCCGAUUCCGCCCACGCCGGCGCCGUCGCUCAUGAACCUGACCGCCCAAUUCGACGCGCUCUUCCCGUUCCCCUCGUUUUUGGCGCGCGGAUCCGCAAGCGGAAGUGGUGGCGGCGGAUCGCUGAUCCUUUGA